CGCGUGCAGUUGCAACCCAGAGUGAUAUCCUACUAACGGAGGACGAUAUAACAUAAAUAUAUAAUCUGGUGGUGCAGAGGUCGCAUAUAAUUAAACAAAGAUCGAUUUAAACGCUUAAAAAAAAAAAAAAAAAAAACAAAUCAGAAAAGAGAGAAAAAUAAAAAUAGAGUCAAGCCCGAUAACGAGCAAAACAAAAAAAACACAAAAUCACAACUGUAUAUAAUCUGCACGGCCCCCGCCUAAAUCGGGAACAAAGGGGUGAAAAAAGUGGGAUUUCGGGAAACUGAAUUCAUUCAUUCAUUCCUGGAUUCGUUCAUUCAUCUUUCCGAAGGGGGGAAAAAAAAAUUCGAUCCGCCCCGCCUCUUCGGGAUUUUACCUGAGUAACACAUUUUACACUCACGUACACACGGAGACUAUACAUAAAUAUACACACACACACACACACACACACAUAUAUAAAUAUAUAUAUUUUUUUUUUCGAUUUUUCCUUUUUUUCGAGAGGGGGUUCUACGCUGUGUUUAAUACGCGGGAGAGAUUUUUGGGAAGGGGGAGUCGCCCUCCCUCUUCUGUGGCGGUUACAAAGACAGGGCGUUGAGUAAAGCUACUACCGUUACCACCCCUUAAAAUAUUUCUGAGGUAGGCAGCUAUAGCUCUAGCUGACCGGGUGGUGAACAUCAGGGGCGCGUUGAAACGCCGCAAAGCCCGAACCCGUCACAGUCAAACUACAACCGUUCACACCGAGAGUUGAACUGCAGCCAAGCUCAGCUCCUUCCGUAUCAUUAUUUAGUGCCCAAGGGAAUUCAGGGUUGAACCGAGAGUAAAUUUUUCAAUAAACGUCAUCCCAGUUGUUUUGUUUCUUUGUCUUCAUAAUUAGUCAAAAAGAGAAGGGCACGAAUACCUCGACGGGGACGAUCGAAAUAAAACAAAACUACCCCUCUGCUUGAAUCGAUGUGAAAAUGAACUGCUGCGGCGCACGAUUUGGUAAACUGUUUGCAAAUAAUUGACGACGUUUUUUAUUGAUUUUAUUUCGAAGAUAUUUUUGAAAAAAUAAAAUCGGUGAAUCAUCGAAAUCAGUGAACUUAAACCAAACGAAUCGGAAAACAAGAUUUUAAAGAAACUGACAGUUGACAGCUGUGAUGUUAGUUUGACAGUUGUAUAUUAAAUCAACACGAUCGUCUGUGAAAUAUAUUAUAAAUAUAAUCCGAGGUGCGCGAGUGAUUGAUAUUUUUAUAGUGUAAAUAAAUAAAUGAAUGAAUAUAUAUCUAAUUUUUUUUAAAUAAAUUAUCACACUUAUACGACAGUACAACCAUUGUCAGCAGCACGUAAUUACGCGCGAUAUAUUUAUGCAAUUGAACAAAUAGACGGGAGAGGGAACGGAAAAUUAAGGGUGGAAAAAUUUCAACCCUCAUUAACAAACGUCAAAAUGAAACUUUGGAUGUUAUUCGGAGCUUUAGCGGUAGCUUUCCCCACACUACCAGCGGAAAUCAACAGAAAUAAAAACAGAGGACGAGGGUCGAUGUGGUGGGGAAUCGCAAAAGCUGGAGAGCCAAAUAAUCUUCCGCCAGUAUCUCCGGCGGCACCACAUAUGGACCCAGCGGUUCACGCAACUUUAAGAAGAAAACAGAGAAGAUUAGCCAGAGAAAAUCCAGGUGUGUUAAAUGCGGUUGCAAGGGGUGCGAAUCAAGCUAUAGUCGAGUGCCAGCAUCAGUUCAGAAACAGAAGAUGGAAUUGCUCGACGAAAAAUUUUCUCAGGGGAAAAAAUCUAUUCGGAAAAAUAGUCGACAAGGGCUGCAGAGAGACUGCUUUCAUUUACGCGAUAACGAGUGCAGCGGUGACCCACAGUAUAGCGCGAGCUUGCAGCGAAGGUAGCAUACAAUCGUGUUCGUGCGAUUACACGCAUCAAUCUCGAGCACCUUCGGACGUUCGCGACUGGGAAUGGGGCGGAUGUUCCGAUAAUAUCGGUUACGGUUUCAAAUUCUCCAGAGAAUUCGUCGACACUGGAGAGCGGGGAAGAAAUUUACGUGAAAAAAUGAAUCUACACAACAACGAGGCCGGAAGAGCGCACGUAUCGUCCGAGAUGAGAAAAGAGUGUAAAUGUCACGGUAUGUCGGGUUCGUGUACAGUAAAAACCUGUUGGAUGCGUUUGCCAAAUUUCCGAGUAGUCGGUGAUAACUUGAAGGAUCGUUUCGACGGUGCGUCUAGGGUGAUGGUGAGCAAUUCCGACCGAAUCCGAGGGAACAGUAACAUGAUAACGAGUAAUUCAGCGAGUAACUCGGUUCACGGUCACCGCGAGGGUCCCGGGAGAAAGCACCGUUACAAUUUUCAAUUGAAACCCUACAACCCCGACCAUAAAUCGCCCGGGGCGAAAGACUUGGUUUAUCUGGAGCCCUCGCCUGCGUUUUGCGAGAAAAAUCCCAAACUCGGUAUCUUAGGGACACACGGUAGACAGUGCAACGACACUAGCAUAGGGGUUGACGGUUGCGAUUUGAUGUGCUGCGGACGCGGUUACAAAACUCAGGAAGUCGUCGUCGUCGAAAGGUGCGCUUGCACUUUUCACUGGUGUUGCAAAGUCAAAUGUAAAUUAUGCAAGACUAAAAAAACUAUACACACUUGCCUCUAGGCCGAACAAAUUAAAAACAAAAAGAGAAAUAAAAUAAUAAUACCUAAUAGUAAUAAUAGUGAUAAAAUAAAAUAUUUAAUUGAAACAAAAAUCAAGAUAGACUAGUAUCGAAAUACAAAAUGAAAAAAAAAAAAAAAAAACAGAACAAAAAAAAAAGACGAACUAUAUAUAUUACGCUGACAAAUAACCUUCCUGGCGAAGGACUGAUUUCCUCCUUUUCUUUUCUCUUCUUCUCUAUAUCGUUUUUAUUUACCUACGCGCGACAAAUUUACGAUACUUUUUGACGAAUAUUGUUGAAACAAUUUGAAGGAAGAAUUCUUUAUACGUACUCGUGAAGUUAAUUCUUUAACGGAAAAUCGAGUAAUGCGGACUAUUCUUAUCGUUCUUAAUUAACUGAAAAAAAUUCUUUCACUAUUUUCUAUUAUUUCGUCGAUCCACCGAAAGAAAAAAAAGAAGAAAAAUAUAUAUACGUAUUCUAAGUAACGACAGUUAUUUUUCAAUGCCCAGUAUUAUAAAUAUUUUAAUCGAUUUGAAUAACCUAAUUUAAGCACAUUAAUUUAUUAUUACGACGAUAAUGAUUUUUUGAUGACGACAGCGAUAACUAUCGUCAUUAUCAUUAUUGCUAUUACUACACGAUUAUUUUAAAGACUGAACUGCUGCAGUGAAAUGUACGUGUUUAUUUGAAUGUCGAUAUAAAAAUUUAGGUAGGUUAUUUAAUUAUUCUCGAUCAUAAUUUAAUGUAUAUUAUUAAUAAUAAUGUUAUCAUUCGUAUUCAGAAAUGAGACAAUAAUGUAAAUAGUGAAUAACGAGAAAAAAAGGCGACGUAUUGAAAUAUUUAACUUUUAUAAAUAGAAAAAGUCGAAGAUAUAAAUUUUGAUAAAAAAUUCCCGCAUAUUUUUAAUCCCACUUUAUCUCCGUAUUCGAAUCUAAUUUAUUGUAACAUUGAUAAUAAAUAAUAAGGAAAAAAAUCUGAGAAGCAGCAGUGCAGUUGAAAAAGAAAUAACGAAUCAGGUGUUACAGAAUCUAAGUAGGUACUCUAUGAUGUAAACGAUAUGAAAUUAUCGUAUAUUUGUAAUUUAAUAAUUGUAAAUAUAAUGACAUAAUGAUAAUAUAUAUUUAAUUAGCGCGAUGAGAUAAUUAAUUUUAUCGAUACGAGUAUAAUAAUCUUGGAUAUCUAAAUACAUAUCUAAAAUUUUCUAAUUUUAUAGACACAUACUAUAAAUACUAUAUAUCAAGAUUAAAUGUAAUUAAUGAAAUAUUUCGACGGUGCUCGACGACGGUGCAAGAUACUUACGAAUUUUUUUAUAUUCCACAUAAAACUACGCGAUACUCGAAAAGUAUCUAAUUGAUUGUAGAGGUAUGUAAAGUUAUCAAUUGUAAUUAAUCACUAUCGUUAAUACAUAACGUGCGAAGCGAUGCUUGGACAUAAGAAAUGAAUUCUCUGUAAAUAUAUAAUUAAAUUGAGAAAUUUCUUUUUUCCUCUAUCAUACAACUCUAGACAUCAUCAUUCGACGUUGUAUAAAAUAUCAAACAGUUGGUGGUGAUAUAAUUUUCUCAUCAUUAUAAAAUUUCUUUUACACAUGCUCAGCACGUUAUAUGAAACGAUCGAAUAUAUGUGUAUGAUAUACGUAAAGCUGCAGCGGCCAUUUUAGUUAGGAUCGUUAUUACGAUAAUUAUCAUUAAUCUUAUUUUAUUUUAUUUUUUUUCCUUCGUAACUUCACUCCCAGUAUCACGUACUUACAUUAAAUAGCAUACGCACAUAAUGCGAGAGAGAAAUAAAGAGAAACAAUUAAACAAAUAAAUGAACUAAAAAAAAAAAAGAAUCGCCAACGUAUUAUUAAAUUAUUUUUCCAUACGCACAUAUAGGUGCUAUAUGUAUGUAUCAUUACAUAAGACUUUGACGAGCGAGUAUAUAAUAUACAAUUAUUUAUACAUAUAUGUAAUAUCGGUUUUAAUAUUGAUCGUAUAUGACAUAAUUAGUAUAUUAUUGAUAAUAUUAAUCAUUAUUUAUAAAUAAAAUA